CUGUCGACGAAGUGCUCGAUAUUGCUUCUUAUCUCUCGCGAAAUCCAGCUUUUACUCCGGCUUGAACAGGCUGGACGAUGCAGCGCUCGCGUCCUACUUUCCUGAUACACCGAGCAUUUGCGGCAAACUGACCAAGGAUACGCGGCAUCACAUUUCCCUUGGGGAGACCACUGAUCAGCACAUCGGAUACCCGGCUAGUUCGUAAUCAAACACGGACCUUUCUCAAUCCAAUCCCUAUCUCGUGGUCCUAUUCCAUAUUUUCCGAUAAUGAGACCCCCACCAUCAUCACAUCGAAAACCAUCAAGCACCUUGCACACACUCUCCAACCAGCAACGUUCCUUCCCUUCACCCUCCACGGCCUCGCCCUCCAACCCUACCAGCACCCGUCCACCGCCCCAUCCCUCCCGACACUCCUCUCUCGAACUCUGGCGCUGGACACUCACCAAGGCAUCGACCGCACCCUGCUUUGUUCGGGACGUACACCGCAUGCGCGAGAGCGGGUCCAAAGACCACGACUUCUUCUGGCUCGGCUGCGUCCCGUGCAGGACCGUGAAGGUACUCGGUAUCCUCGUCGGGGUGCAGGUGUGCGAACGGCGGGUUAUUUACACGCUAGACGAUGGGACCGCCACUGUCGAUUGUGUACACCGACACGAAUCCCAACCACCUCCCCCGCCGAGCCCCGCGAAGGUGAGGAACACGCCAAAGGGGAAGGGCAAGGAAAGGGAAAAGGCUGAUCCAUACAAAUGCCCUUCCACGCCGGAGCUAAAUGUCAAACAUCGAACGGAUACGCAGGGUCAGACGUUACCUCUGGUUCCGGUGUUGCCGACCUCGCUCGCGGACGUCGGGGCUGCUGAGAAAUACUCCCAGCCAGGCCCGUUCGUCAUUCCCUUCCAGCCGCCCGCAGCCAAAGCCGCUCCCGCUCCUAGUGAAACCCAAGAAGCUCUUGCACCCUCCGAUACCGACGAUCCUAUCCUAGUCCCAACGACGCCCAAGCGCCGCCCGCACUCCCCCUCGCCCGCACCCACGUCUUCCCCCGUCGCCUCCUCCAGUCCCACGAAAUGCGAGAGGACGGAUACAGAAGAGGAGCAGGUACGCCUGAGGCACCCCGCGCGCCUGCACUCGCGCGACCUGAAUCUAAAUACGUUCCGGAUAUACGUGAAGCAUUAUAUGGAUAAUGCGCCCCCGCCUGCGGGGUGCCGAAGGUGUGGAGGGGGCUAUUGUCCACACGUCGGCGGAGCUGGGUGUGAGGAAGAUGUCUUCAGGACCCCGCGGAAAGGACGUGCAGAACGAGAUGCUGAUAUCAAUGAGACACCGCAUGCGACGGGGCGGGGUCGGAGCGGGACGCAAGGUGAACGUGAAAGCGUGUAUGGCUUCACGCUGUCGUAUCUCAGGCGCGUGCCCGAGCUGCGGCUGCUGGCGCGGCGAGUUGUGGAGGCGGAGGCGAAACGGAGGAGGAGAGCGGAGCGCGAGGCGCUGAAGACCCAGAUAUUGAAUCGCACAGGCACAGGCGGGCGCGGGGGUUCCGGUGCCAGUGGCCGAGAGCCAGUUGGGAAGAAGAUGAAGAGACUGUUUGAAGUGACAGUUGUGAAGUUGUAUGAGGAGGGGAGUAUUGUGCUUUGGGAGGGACCAGUGAGACGGCCUUGGUGGCAAGGACAGAGUCAGAGUGGGAGUGAGGGGCUGUGGAAGAUGGGGUCGAGCUCUACAAUGUUGGCUUCUUCUGUUUGCAGCGUGGCAACGUCGGUCGGCGGGGAAGACGACGAUGGGGACGAGGGGGACCUAUCGGAUCCCCCGGCAGAGGAAGAGGCCUACGUUCCCGUUACCCCACGCCUGCUCGCGGGGUACGUCGAGGAUGCCAUUCGGGUGCUCACUUCGCGAUCCGCUGAGGAGCUCCGCCUUGCACACUGCCGUCAUAAGAGGGCCCCGGCACAUGUCGACGGAGUAGGGCCGACGAAGGAGGAGAUUGCGCGAUUUUUGAGAAGGGGAGACGGACGGUGGGAGAGGGUAGGGGAGUGGGUGGUCGAGGAGGCGCUGGAGGGGCUGAGAGCGGAGGGGAGGGUGUGGUGUGCGGGCAGGGGGCGGUGGGAGCUAUGUUUGUGACGUAUGGUAGCGGGUGGGUGACAGAAGGCUGGAAUGCACGCAAGGGGGACCGAGGAAGGAAGGAUUUUCGAUGCUUAAUCUAUCUUAAUAUCCGCUUCAUAAAGUUACUCAGGUAGAGAUGCGAGGUGGAUACAUACCCUACAGCGCAUCUCAAUAUUGUUCGUCCAGCCCCCUCUUUCCCUCCGCUUUUCCUACAUGGGUCCUGUUAACCGUACCGGCUGCCCAUUUCUGAUCGGAGACCGAAGGGAUUGCGG